AAGCCGAGCUGCUCUCACUUCUCUUUCUGUGGGGUGGCUGCAAAUCCAACCUCAUUAACUCAGGAGUGCUCAGAGGGACCCGAAAAUGACUGCCCAAACCCCACCCGAGCCCCCCAGAUGCUGUUGCUUCAACAUCAAGACAGCGACAGUGGCCCUGGGCAUCUUCCACAUGGUCAUGAGCAUCCUGCUGCUGAUCGAGUAUUCCCUGGAGGUGGCCAAUGGGAAGGGCUUCUGCAAAGACCUGGACAACAAUUACUACAGAAUUGCUGAUAUCACCACCAGUUUCAUGCUGAUCCUCAUGUUGUUCGUCAUCAGCUUCCACCUCCUGCUCGGGGUGCUCAAGAAGAGGGAGCGGUUCCUGAUCCCCUUCUUGGCUCUGCAAGUCAUCGAUUUCCUCCUGAGCCUCCUGACCAUGUUCAGCUCCUACAUCCAGGUGCCAGCGAUCAUCUCGGUGUCCUCCCUGGGCCACACGCAGGGCCACGCCAGGACUCCCCUGCUGGCGCUGCAGCUGCUGGAUUUCUGCCUGAGCAUCCUCACCCUGUGCAGCUCCUACAUGGAGGUGCCCACCUACCUCAGCCUCAAGCCUGUGGACAGUGGGGGCUCUUUGCCAGCCCUGGAGAAGCUGCCAGCAGAGGAGUAUGCCAAAGUGAUGAUCACCUUCACCAUCGCCUUCGUGGCUGUGCUCAUCCUCAAGGCCUACAUGUUCAAGUGUGUCCUGAGCUGCUUUAAGUUCAUCAAGGCCAGCAGGAGGGAUGAGGAGAAAGUGGAGCCACACACAGUGGAAAAGGCCGUGCUGCCGUCCUAUGAGGAAGCCCUGGAACUGCCUUCCAAGGACUGUCCCCCUCCCUACGUGACCAUCUGAGCCCGGCCUGGGGGAGAGCUGCACCAGGCACUGCUGCUGCCCCUCCCCGCGGAGCCCAGAGCUCACCCAGAGCCGCUCCCAGCUUUAUCCAGCCACGUCCUGCCAGGGAACUGCGGGGCCUUGUCCCCCAAAACUUCCUGACCCUGGCACCCCAAGUUCCUGACCCUGGCACCUCAGUUUAUUGACCCUGUCACCUCCAUUUCCUGUACCUGGCACCCCAAGUUCCUGACCCUGGCACCUCCAUUUCCUGACCCUGGCACCCCAAGUUCCUGACCCUGGCACCUCCAUUU